AUGAUUAAUUACUUUAGGUUGACCCAGUCGCUAAACCGGCCCUUCAUACAGAUUAUUGCUUUAACUGUGAUAAUCUACCUUCUCGUCUGGUCGCUUCCAAAUCCGCAGUAUGCAGCAAGAGGUCCGCGUUCAUCGACACCUAUUCAUAAUCGUGUGGAUGCAGUACACAAUGAGACUCUUGGAUUCGAGAGGGUCUUCGUCGUCAAUUUGCCUAGCAGGCCGGACAAACGCGAUUAUAUCACCCUAGCUUCAUCGGUCGUAGGCUUUCGCCCAGAGCCUAUAGAUGGGGUAAACCCUGACAAUAUUGACGUCAAAGCUCAUCCAGUAAAUUGGGACCCAAACUACCUACCUAGUGAGUUCGGGACAUGGCGGGCACAUAUGAAUGUGAUCCAAAGAAUCGUGAGAGAUAGGGUCGCUACCGCAUUCAUCUUGGAAGACGACGCGGAUUGGGACGUCAACCUUAAAAAGCAACUCCAAGGGUUUGCUUCUGCUUCCCAGAGUCUGCAGAGUCUUCAGAUUGGGAAUAUAGCGGCACAAUCACCAUAUGGUAAUGAUUGGGACCUUCUUUGGAUCGGUCACUGUGGGAUCAGGUGUAGACCAGGGCCGGUUCACGUUUCGACAGGCGAUGCUACGGUCGUACCUCUUCCUCAGCUACCAUCCUAUUGGCGGGAUCCACCUCUGGGGGCUGCCAAUAAUACGCGCUUGGUAUGUAGGGCUGAAGAAGGAGUAUGUGCUCUUGGAUAUGCAGUGACGUAUCUGGGGGCACAGGAAAUUCUCUCAAGCCUGUCCCUGACACCGGAGGGUGUAGGUGCACAAUACGACGUGGCAAUCAGUCGGUAUUGUCAAAAUGGCUGGCUAAAGUGCAUCGCCCCCUUCCCGUCAAUGAUAGGGAUGUGGCGUCCGGCUGGCCCAAAGUCCAGGGGAUCGGAUAUUCACAGCGAAGAUGGUUGGGUAGAGGAAGCAACACCUAUCGGCUCGGUUUACAGUACGAUGUAUAAUGUUCGCCGUCUGCUGACUGGAAAGUUGACGGUCUAUGCAGUGACGGACAAUGAUGCAGUCGCUCGUGAAAUAGACCCUGCCCAGCUUGAGUUACCAGAAGGGCGGCUACAGGUUAUUAACGCUACCGGAUUAUACGACAUUACUUUCUAA